AUGGAAGGAGGAAGUGGUUAUCAUAGAAUCGAGGAAGAAGCCUCUUAUAUUCCUGUUGAGGCUGAAGUGGAACAACCUAUUCAGAGUGGUAUGAGAAGAGAACAGGAGUACUUAACUGGUAUGCAGAAAAUGGAGAAGAUGAUAACAGACUUGGCAGAACAAAAUAAACAAUUUAUGGCAAGUCAAAUGAUGAUACAAGAAAGGCUGGAAAGACAACAGAAAGGAAAGAAAGACUCAGAUUAUGAGAGGUUUAUCAAGUUAACACCCCCAGAAUUUUCGGGUACUACCAAACCAGAAGAAGCAGAGGGGUGGGUAAGAAGAAUGGAAUCGAUAUUUGCAGUGAUCGGUGCAGCAGAAGACCAGAAGAAUGAAGAAGAUAAAUGUACAAAAUUCCAGGAUGGUUUAGAGGCGGCUAUUAAGUCCAGAGUUUCGGUGUUUGAGGAAAUAGAUUACAACAGACUUGUGAAUAAAGCCAUGAUUGCAGAAAGGGAUGUGAAAGAAUUGCAAGAAAGAAGGGAACAAUACAAAAGAAAUAGAUCUGAGCCAUCACAAUCAAGAGGAGGUGAAGGAAUUUCAAGUCAGAAAAGUCAAAGGUCGCAGUAUGGAAGGGGAAGGGGUAGUGAAUCUCAGGGGCAGACAUCAGGUAGUGGAAGAGAUCAAGAGCUUUCUGAACAACAAUCUGUACAACAAGGUAGCUUUGGAGGACGUGGUACUGGCAGGGGGUGUUUUCUGUGUGGAAGGGAAGGUCACCAGAAGAAAGAAUGUCCUGUGUUGAAAGCAAAAGAGUGUUAUCAUUGCCAUCAGCGGGGCGAUCGGAAGAGAGAUUGUCCUAUGUUGACAAGAGUGACCUCAGUGGGUAGUGUUGCUGGUUCUGGUAAAGGUUUUCCACAUGGGAGCUCGUUAAAAGGAGGUGGGAGAGCUAUAAGUGGUUCACAAGCCCAAGGAAGAGUUUUUGCUAUGACACUUCAGGAUGCUCAAGCAACUCCAGAAGUGGUGACAGGUACACUUUCUAUUUUGAAUAGAAAUGUUACUGUGCUUAUUAAUCCUGGCUCAACCCAUUCAUUUGUUGCAUCAUCUAUUGCUAUACAUUUGGGUAGACCACUUUCACCACUAGAUAAUAAAUUGUUUAUUUCUACACCAAUGGGGGAAGUGGUGGUGGUUGCAAAUGAAUAUCGGGAUUGUGUAUUACAAAUGGGGGAUAGACAGUUAAAGGUGAAUUUGAUACCGUUGGGUAUACCAGACUUUGAUAUCAUUUUGGGUAUGAAUUGGCUAUCUGCGUAUCAUGCAUCAAUAGAUUGUUUUCGGAAAAAAGUUAUAUUUCAGAUACCAAGAGAGCCAAAAUUCAGAUUUACCGGAGAAAGAAAAGGUUAUUCCAAACUGUCUCAUCUCAGUUAUACAAACCAGAAAGUUGUUGAAGAAAGGGUGUCAGGGUUACUUGGCUAUGUGGUUGAUACUGAAAAUAAAGAGGUGACAUUUGAAAAUGUACCAGUGGUACAGGAAUUCACAGAUGUGUUUCCAGACGACUUACCGGGGUUGCCAGUGGACAGAGAGGUAGAUUUUACCAUUGAGUUGGUACCGGGAACAGCUCCGAUUUCUAUUGCUCUGUAUCGAAUGGCACUAACAGAAUUGAAAGAGUUGAAAUUGCAAGGGGCAAAGGUGUUCUCUAAAAUUGACUUGAGGUCAGGAUACCACCAGUUGAAGAUAAAGGAUAGUGAUAUUUCUAAAACUGCUUUUCGAACUCGAUAUGGCCAUUAUGAGUUUUUGGUAAUGCCUUUUGGGUUAACUAAUGCUCCAGCGGUGUUUAUGGAUUUAAUGAAUCGAGUAUUUCAUCCCAAAUGUGAGUUUUGGAUUGAUAAAGUUAUAUUUCUGGGGCAUAUGGUAUCUGGGGAUGGUUAUUACCGGAGGUUCAUCCAAGGGUUUUCUAGUAGUGCAUUGCCAUUAACAAAGUUGACCCGAAAGGAAGUAAAGUUUGUGUGGAGUGAGGAAUGCCAAAAAAGUUUUGAAGAAUUGAAGAAAAAGUUAACGUCAGCUCCAAUGUUAACUAUUUUGUGUGGUGGUGAAGGUUUUGUGAUUUAUACUGAUGCUUCACAUCAGGGUCUGGGAUGUGUUUUGAUGCAAAAUGGCAAGAGUUUGAAGUAUUUGUUUACACAGAAGGACUUAAAUUUGAGACAGAGACAUUGGAUGGAGUUAAUCAAAGAUUAUGAUUGUAAUAGUCACCAUCACCCUGGAAAAGCCAAUGUAGUAGCAGAUGCUUUGAGUAGGAAGUCUUCAGGGAGAUUAUCUUGUGUACAGUGUGCACGGGUGGAAAAUAUUAUGGAGUUGAGAUUGAUGGGAGUUGAAUUAACAGUUACUAAUAAAGGAGCAUUCUUUGCACAUGUUACGGUGAGACCUUUGUUACUUGAUCGAAUUAAAGAGUUGCAAAGUCAUGAUGUAUUCUUGGAUAAGAAAAGAAAGGAAGCUCGAGAAGAUAUUUUAGAUGAAGCCCACAAUUCUAUAUAUGCUAUGCAUCUGGGAAGUAGUAAAAUGUACAGAGAUUUGAAGGAAUUCUACUGGUGGAACAAUAUGAAGCGAGAAAUUGUAGAAUUUGUGGCAAAGUGUUUGGUGAUAGUUGAUAGAUUGACAAAAUCAGCUCAUUUUCUGACAGUGAAAACUACUUAUUCUACAAAGGAAUAUGCUCAUUUGUAUGUUGAUAAGAUCAUAUGUUUGCAUGGGGCUCCAGUUUCUAUUGUUUGUGAUAGGGAUUCGAAGUUCACUUCUAGAUUUUGGUAUAGUUUGCAUGAAGCCAUGAAAACUUCUUUGAAGUUCAGUACAGCUUUUCACCCGCAGACAGACGGGCAGUCAGAACGAACUAUUCAGAUUUUGGAAGAUAUGUUGAGAGCCUGUGUGCUGGAUUUCAAAGGUGAAAGAAAGUUAUUGGGUCCAGAAUUGAUUGAACUUACAACAGAAAAAGUGAAGGGGAUUAUGAGGUUUGGAAAGAAGGGUAAAUUAAGUUCCAGGUACAUUGGACUGUACAAAAUUCUGGAACGGAUAGGAGCAGUGGCGUAUCGGUUGGAAUUACCAGGAGAAUUAUCAAGAUUACAUGAUGUUUUCCAUGUGUCUAUGCUUCGGAAGUAUAUAUCGGAUCCAUCUCAUGUUUUAGUUGCGGAACUGAUAGAGUUGAAGGAGGAUUUAACUUAUGUAGAGGAACCGGUACAGAUUUUGGAUUGCCGUGAACAAGUGCUACGGAAUAAAACUAUAUCCCUGGAGAGGUGUAUUGUGAAAUUUCUUGAAUUUCUUAAAGAGGGUUUUUUGGUUUCUGAUUACCGUCAAAGUCGUCGUCGUCGGAGGGUUGAGGGGUGGUUUUGGUUUGUGGGUUAUUGGAUUGCAUUUAGCAGGCAAAAACCUUCAAAGACGGCUGAAAUUUGA